AUGUCUGAUAUCGUCUCAUACGAUACCCUCAAGGACUCUCAAAGGCCGGAAGCUCACAAGAAGCCCAUCCCUACUCGAUGGCAACCCCCCUCAUCCCUUUUCCCGCGUUUGAUCUUCCACACGAUGUGCUUUUGCUUGACGUUUCACUCGAAUCUGGAUUUCAUGUGGGAGAUCUUCCGAGAGCCUAAUGGUUGGGAAAACUUCCAUACUCAAUACCUUACUCAAAUUAAUCAGUUGAGUACUGUGCAAGGAUUGGUCCUUACGACUGUCGCAGUCUUUAUCUCCACUCCGCCCCCUCUGCAGCAGAUUGACUACGCUGCUGAUGGACCGUAUACACUCCUAUCGGAGUCAUUGGUGUUCUCGUUGUUUGGUCUUUUGCUUCAACUCUUCACCUCUGUCGUGGGGCAGAGUUAUCAAAAGCAGAAAACUUUCAAAGCUUUAAAGCGAAAUCGCUGGCGGUUCCUAUGCCAUAUCAUUGUUCUCUCCAUUCCGGUCUAUAUCUUCGGCAUAUCUCUACUGCUGCUCAUCUUCGCCAUCUCUGUGACAGGCUUCCUGUCCUCUUCAACUUCAGCUCGGAUUUUUACUGGAGCAACAUUCGCGGUGCUUUUUACGUGUCUGUUUGUUUCUAUCCUACCGUCGCCGUUCUUUUCGGGACCCCGUGAUAUGUUACCUAAGAUGUUGCGGAGCACAACAGACUCUGUUGAUGACGACGAUGACGACGACGACGGGUUGGACAAGGAACGUAGUGAGAAGGGGGCGGGGGGCCCUGUAUGA